AUGCCCCUCGUAGUCCCCGGCCUGCAAUCCAAAGACGGAGCAGGAGACAAAACUUCAGAAUGGAUGUCGAAACUCGCGGGCAAGAAAAUCGGGGAGAGUCAUAAUGAAACUACUUUUGCGAAAACGGAUCUUCCGAAACAACAUCGUGUGGUUAAGGAAGGGGAUAUGAUGACUAUGGAUCAUGAGCCUGAGAGAUUGAAUAUUCAUACUUCUGAGGAUGGGACUGUGAGGAAAGUUACUCAUGGUUGA